AUGACCGGCUCUAGUGGCAGACCAAGCAAUACCGUGAAACCGGCACCCCUGGCUUGCUUAGAAUGCCGCCGGAAGCAUCUCAAAUGCGACGGCGGGACCCCCGUCUGUGGAAGAUGUCGCAGGGCCCAGUCAGAAUGUCAAUAUACUCCUUCCCGGCGUGGGUAUAAACCAAGCUCGAAGUCGUUGGUACAUUUGUCAAUAAGCGGCACUCCUAGCUGUGGAGCCCCUAAUAGACCUGGGCCCUCUAUAAUAGGGUUGCCGCAAUCGCCGUUUUUGACCCCAACGUUGCCCAUUUCGAGACCGACACCUUCACUGUCCUUGGAUAACAUUGGACUAUUGUCAGAGGAUCGUAUUCCUCCGAACUCGGCUACCUUUGGGGUACCGGAUUCAUCAUGUUUGCAAAGAGACAACCUGCUUCUCGACUAUUACUAUGCCUUUUUUCAUGAAGCACACCCUAUUCUUCCACCGUCACAUCUAUUACAUCGCAUUUCACCAAUCCCGACAUGUCUCGAGACGGUCAUAAAAUUCAUUGGGGCCCAUUAUACACAGAACCCUUCAGCACAUCUAUAUAGAGAUUCUGCCCAGGCAGAAUUAACGGCCAACGCUGAGCCGUCCUUUUGCAAAGUUCAGGCGUUACUGUUGUUUGCGAUUGUUCUGCAUGCCCGUAAUGAACGCGCGGAAUCUGUUGAUUUCUUUAGAGCCGCGGUUCAACUGGCAUUUGGAUUGGGUAUGAACAGGGCCUCAUUUGCAUCUGCCAUUGGUGGUGGUGAUCCGGUACGUGUGGAAACGAUUCGCCGUACUUGGUGGGAGUUAUAUAUUGUCGACGGCCUAUUUUCGGCGUUUGACCAGAUGCCUUCAGCAAUUAGUAACAAUACGUUGAUGGACACGCUCCUGCCCUGUGACGAUUUGAGCUAUUCUGCUGGCGUUUAUCUUGCUGAAAUUCCGACUGUGACUCAAUUUUACGAUCGCGUUUUUAAUGAAGAUGAUGAGGAUUUUUCCUCUUUCUGCUACGCCGUUGAGGCUACUCGAAUAUUUAAACGGACGCUUGAUCUUGGCUACGCCAUUGAUGAAUAUCAGCUAGCAGACCAGGUUGAAGCCAUUGAUGCGAGCAUAGGCAGUUGGUUUCACCAUCUACCGAACUCAAAACGAAACGUUCUUUGCGCAGAUAACACAAUAGAUCAGCUCCUUUUCCGAGCCCACAUGAUUGUCAACUGCGCUUUGAUAUACCUCCAUCUUCCCCGCUCCAACCUUCUAUCCACUCCAGCGGCUGCAGCCAGCAUUCCAUGCGCCCGCAGAAGCCUCUGCAUUGCUGCUGCGUCAUCCACAAACCUAACGCACGCCAUCAAAUCCAUCAAAGCCGCCAACGAUCUUUCCGCUCUAGCGGCGCUUCGGUUUCCGAUCGUCAAACAGACGCCGUUUUUCAUCUGUGGGCUUGUACUCAGUGCCAUCGUUCAGCUCUGUGCCUGCUCAGUACGAGCAUCGACGUGCCUGGAGCCACGCCGUGAUCGAAUUGCGCUGAUCAUUGGUGAGCUCAAGGCGCUCAAUCCGACGUGGCCAAUUUCGCAAUUGGUCAUGAAACAGAUCAAGUUAGUGGCAAGAGAGGUGCUGGAGAUUGGGGUACAACAGCCGAUGCUUUCCCAAGGGGAAGACCAGGGCCCCGAUAUCAGUUCGAUCGUCAGCAGUGAUGUGUGGCUUGGUGAUAUUCCAAUUGAGCAAUGA